AUCUGUCUAAAUUUUGAUUUUGCAGGUCGCAGUGAAAGCAAUACCAAUGUUCACCUAUUAUCCUGAAGGAGCAAAGACAAAAAUAAUCCAGGCGAGUGUCUACCGAAGGACUGAGUCUAUUGCUUACACCACGGGCGCCACUUCGUGGAGGAUAAAGCGUGAACUCGGGAUACGUGCCGCCCUCAAUCAUGCAAAUAUUGUACCCAUUUAUGGUUAUACGUAUAGCUUCAGCUCACUUCCAGCGAUAGUCACACCUUUCGCAGAAAAUGGUAGCCUGGUGGACUAUCUGGAGCGUGAGGGUGCGGUUCUUACUCUCGUCAGACGAUUCCAGCUGGCAGAACUCCAGUACGGCCAAGCAAGCAGAGCGACGUCUUUUCGUUCGGCGGUAUCAUGUUGCAGGUACGCCCGGAAUAUUCUCAACUUGUUGAUGAUGUCAUGAGCGCUGCCUUUACUAAGGUCUUCACCAAUAAAAUUCCUUAUUAUUACCUCCGGGAUAACCACAUGAUCGUCCUGCACAUAGCUAAGUCGGAAACGCCCUCCCGAACUCGUUAUCCUGAGCUCCCUGAAAAGUAUUGGCCAUUUAUCGAGCAAUGUUGGUCUACUGAUC